UGAAUCUCGAUCUCUCAAUUUUUCUCUCGAGCUCCCUCCUCUCCCUCCCUUUGUCAUUCUAGCUGCCUGCUGCCUCCGCAGCGUCCCUCUAGCUCUCUCUGUGCUAACUGCCUGCGCCUUAGACAGACGGGGUGCGCCCAGCGGAAGGAUUAGUUGGGACCUGCCUCGGUGACCCCAUGGCAUCCCCCAGAACCAUAACUGUCGUGGCCCUCUCAGUGGCCCUGGGACUCUUCUUUGUUUUCAUGGGAACUAUCAAGUUGACCCCCAGGCUCAGCAAGGAUGCCUACACUGAGAUGAAACGUGCUUACAAGAGCUAUGUCCGAGCCCUCCCUCUGCUGAAGAAAAUGGGGAUCAAUUCCAUUCUCCUCCGCAAAAGCAUUGGUGCUCUUGAGGUGGCCUGUGGCAUUGUCAUGACCCUUGUGCCUGGGCGUCCCAAAGAUGUGGCCAACUUCUUCCUACUCUUGCUGGUGUUGGCUGUGCUCUUCUUCCAUCAACUAGUCGGUGAUCCUCUCAAACGCUACGCCCAUGCUCUGGUGUUUGGAAUCCUGCUCACCUGCCGCCUGCUGAUUGCCCGCAAGCCUGAAGACCGGUCUUCUGAGAAGAAGCCCUUGCCACCACCAGGGCAAGCAGGGAAUGCCGGGAACGCGGAGGAGCAGCCCUCUUUAUAUGAGAAGGCCCCUCAGGGCAAAAUGAAGUUGUCAUAGGAAAGCAGAAGUGCAAAAAGUGAACCUUCCAGGCAGUUGCCUCCAUGACACCCAGGAAGAUGUCAGUGUGUGUUUUUCAUUUGAUUUAUUUAUCUUGAA